AGCAAGCGGGACUGAUGCUACCCUCGCGUCUCGAUCGCGAGUUCUCGUUUCAAUCGCUGUCGUCAGAAGGACGCGGGACGGCGCGCGUCCAACCUUUGACCUCCCCCUGGAAAUCGGAAUUUCCAAACGAAAAGUCGUCAGGAAGGUGGUGGAAAUUCAAAUGUGAAAACGCCGCCAGCAUCACAAUAAAUGCUACCCGCUCGUCCAAUGCACUCAUUUGUUUUCCUGCUUUCGAGGCGACCAGCCCGUGACCUUCACUACGUCCACUAUCGCGACAUUUUACGGGAUACUCCGAUCUUUUUUUUUUUUUUUUUUUUGGCGUGCCAAAGUCGCUUGGGUUUUUCUUUGAAUGCGUUGCGAAUAUGAUGAUGUCACCGACGCCACUUUUUCCUGAAGUUAUGGCGGAGCACAAUUUUCACAAGUUCUCUUGGUAAUGACCAUUGAGAGCACUCGGCUUUACUGAUGGAGCACCUCCAGGGAGCAUGGAAGACACUGAGCAAUGGCUUUGGAAUCAGGGACUCUUCCUUCGAGGGCCCGUGCCUUUCACCGACCAUGGUCCAGGGAUUUCCCUGCCAACGUCGCUCCUCAGACGACAGCAAGAUACCCGACUCGAAGACAAGCAGCACCAUUCGUGUCUACCUCCCAAACCAGCAGCGCACUGUGGUGAACGUGCGGCCAGGUGUGACUCUGCAGAGCUGUCUGAUUAAAGCCUUAAUGGUGCGAGGCCUACAACCUCAAUGUUGUGCUGUUUUCAGACUACAUCCUGGGCAGAGGAGUGAAAAACUACGGAUGGACUGGAAUACUGACUCAACCACCCUGAUUGGUGAAGAGUUGCUGGUGGAGGUUUUGGAUCAUGUUCCUCUGACCACACACAAUUUUGUCCGGAAAACAUAUCUGAAGCUAGCCUUCUGUGACAUUUGCCAAAAGUUUCUUUUGAACGGUUUCCGUUGCCAAACGUGUGGCUACAAGUUCCAUGAGCAUUGCAGCACCAAAGUACCCACAAUGUGUGUGGACUGGAGCAAUAUCCGACAACUCCUUCUGUGUCCAACACCUGGUGAGAGUGGUGCACCGUCACUUCCCCCAUUAACAUCUCGGCGAAUGAGAGAAUCAUUAACUCGCUUUCCAAGCUCUGCCCACCGGUAUUCAACGCCCCAUGCCUUCAACUAUGCCACACCCUACUCGCCCACAGGCAGCGGUCUCUCCCAGAGGCAACGCUCUACUUCGACGCCAAACGUCCACAUGGUUAGCACAACCCUGCCUGUAGACAGCAGUAUGUUUGAGGAUGCAAUGCGAGAUCAUGACUCUGCGGGGAGUUCCCCCAACCAGAGUCCUACUGGCUGGUCCCAGUCCCAAGCCAAAACCCCUGCACCGGCCCAGAGAGAGAGGGCUCCGUCCUUCAAUACUCAGGAGAAGAAUAAAAUUAGGCCUCGGGAGAAGCGGGAUUCUAGUUACUACUGGGAGAUUGAAGCCAGUGAGGUGUAUCUUCAAUCCCGCAUUGGUUCAGGCUCCUUUGGAACUGUAUACAAAGGGAAAUGGCAUGGUGAUGUAGCAGUGAAAAUUUUAAAGGUGACCAACCCCACUCCAGAGCAGUUUCAGGCAUUCAGAAAUGAAGUAGCUGUCCUGAGAAAAACAAGACACGUAAACAUCCUGUUGUUUAUGGGCUACAUGACGAAGGACAACCUGGCCAUUGUGGCCCAGUGGUGUGAGGGCAGCAGUCUGUACAAACACAUUCAUGUUCUGGAGACAAACUUCAAGAUGAUCCAGCUCAUAGAUAUCUCCAGGCAGACCGCUCAGGGCAUGGACUAUCUACAUGCAAAGAACAUCAUUCAUCGUGACAUGAAGUCCAACAACAUCUUUUUGCAUGAAGGGCUGACUGUGAAAAUUGGCGACUUCGGCCUUGCAACGGUAAAGGCCCGGUGGAGCGGCUCACAUCAGGUGGAGCAGCCUUCUGGAUCUAUUCUCUGGAUGGCUCCUGAAGUCAUACGGAUGCAGGAUAACAAUCCCUACAGCUUCCAAUCAGAUGUCUAUUCCUAUGGAAUUGUACUUUUCGAGCUCAUGACAGGAGAGCUCCCAUACGCCCAGAUAGCGAACAGAGAUCAGAUUAUCUUCAUGGUGGGACGGGGCUAUCUGUCACCUGACCUCAGUAAACUCUACAAGAACUGCCCCAAAGCCAUGAAAAGGUUGGUCGCCGACUGCAUCAAAAAGUCCAAGGACGAGAGGCCGCUCUUCCCACAGAUCCUGUCCUCGAUCGAGCUUCUGCAGCAUGCCUUGCCCAAGAUAAACCACAGUGCCUCAGAACCGUCCCUACACAGAGCCUCUCACACCGAGGAUAUCGACGCUUGUACUCUGACCUCCACCAGACUGCCUGUUUUUUAGAGCAUUGGACUGCUUUGCCCCCCACCCCACCCCGUCUACUCUCCCAACAAUGCCCCUUCAAAAUCGGCACAACAGCGAGCACUAUACCCAAACCGCAUCAUCUACAAUACUUCAAGCAUUUUUAAUCAUUUUGACAAGGAGGGAGCAAAGAGGGAUGGCGAUGCAGUAGGAUUUAUAAAUGAAAAGGGUGGAGGCGGAGCCUACCCUAUUGCUGCACAUCAAACAUAACAAUGCAAGUGCCUCUUUGAAAAUAAUAUGCACGUACAUUUACCGAAAAUGACAACAAAUGGACAUUGAAGGAGCUCGAGUGUUGCAGCCGCUUGACUUUGAAAUAAAGCACAUGCAACUUUUCCCGGCUUUUUUUUUUUUUUUAAUGUGCUCUGUUUUAGAACUCAGCUGCUUUAAGAGGAAAUCCACAAGGAUCUUUUUUGAAUUAAUAUUUUGUAUUGUCUUGCAAGAUGAUGUAGUAGAUAUUUGAAUUGUCUAUUUUGGUCAUCUUUUACGACAAUACAUUUCGUUUUCGAGUCACACUGACACAACUGAAGGCUGUCAAACGAUGAGCACGGGUAACCAUGGAAGUCCAUGAAUUUGCACAUUUUUGCUAGAGGUUGUAGUUUCCUUUCGCAGUCAACAACCGUUUCUGAUCUGUCCACGCAUUCUUAGCAGUUGCUGUCACGAGCUGGACGUUUCGGCAGUUGUUUUGAAUAUUUAACGUGAUUUGGAAACUAAUUGGUAUUUGUUCAUCUUGUCUCAUUGAGCAGGUCACAUAUUUUGUCAGCUUGGUAAGAAAGUUGCCUUUACUAUUUUAAUAAAAGUAAAUUCUUUGCUAAACUUUUUUUUGAUUUGAAAAAGUAAAUGAACGGUGCAGUUGGCUUUUUCACUGUUAAAAUCCCACACGUCUGUGUAAGUCGUGGCGGUGCCGUGUGACGUUUACUGUAGCGUUGGCAUAGUCCUGUAGCCUCUCAGGGGUGUCGCAGGGUUAUUCCCCGUGACGGAACCACCAGGACGGCACGUGGUGUAAAAUGGAAAAUGCAGUUUUACACAGUUUGACAGUUUUCAUGUAAAUAUCCUGCAAGUAGACCCGCAAAUGCAGAUCUAUGAUAAAUAUAGAAGUAGCUGGGCUCUGUAUUGAAUAUUUUAAGAUUUGGAUUUGCAUUUACAGGACAGAUGAAUAGUCCAAGAAAUGUUUAUUGAGCAUCUGUAUGUAUUGUCAGAGAUCAAAGAAAAAUUAAGCCAACUAAAGUAACGACUUGCAAAAUAAAAAUAAAUAUUUCAACGUGCAA